CCAUGAUUGGGGGUUAAUACGGUAGUCCUCAAUAAGAAGGAAAAACAACAGUCACUCCCGGGACACAUCUGUUUACAGAGGCUGCAUUAUACAGAAUAAAAAAAGUUCGCUUGUUGCGCCGCACGCUAUGUCAUUUCCGGGUAUUUUUUCGGGGAGAGUUCUAAUUGACAAUAACAAAACGCAUCGUGGGUGGGUCAACAGCUUGCGCCAUGCGAUGUGCCUGUCCACACGUCUGAUAGAGAUGUGGGUAAUGCUAUGCCUGUGAAACAACACCCAUAUCGAAUGAAUCCUGCAAAGAGGCUUCUGGCUGGUGCUGCUCUCUGACCGUGCUAAGAAGAUUGCGGCAUUCGCUACACCUGACGGACUGUAUCAAUACGAAGUGAUGCCAUUCAGCUUAAAGAAUGCCCCAGGAGCGUUCCAAAGGUACAACAGAAGAGAGCUGUCCACAAGGCUGGCUACACUUUAGCAUAAGUUGUUACUAUAUUUCCUCGCAGAGGAGGACUUGGGUCAACAGCCGUCUGGACUGUCUGCAAAGAGAUGCUGACCUGGUUAUCAUUGACAGCAGAGAGGAACAGGCUUUCCUCACUGGGUUCACCAAGGCAGCAUGGAUUGGAAUGUCUGACAGGGACCAGGAAGGAAUUUGGAUCUGGGUGAAUGGAACACAAGUUAUCAAAAACAGGUUACAAUGGGCCCCAGGACAGCCUGAUGGGGCAUUUGGAGGAGAAGACUGUGGUGAUCUACGUACAAUGAUGAAUUUCAUUGGUUUGAAUGAUUCCAACUGUAGUAGAAGAUCUCAAUGGAUCUGUGAAAAAACACUGUGAUAGAGAUACUUUCCUGUCCUUAUUUUAUCUUGUUUUAUCUUUGUUCUCAUUCCAAGAUUCUGUCAAUCCAUCUCAAGAGAACAGUUGGUCUCCAGUCUGGACAAAACAAGAGUGAACAUGCUAAAUCUACUAUUUUAUGGCCGAUCCUUUCAACAUUACAGUACAUUACCUAAAUAAUCACAAAUUAAGUUUGUUCAAUGGAAAGUUAAUUAAUACUGUGUGACAAUAGGCUGCUGAACGCAACAUUGUCCACAUAGAUAUCUGUGGUUUGGUGAAAUUCCGAACGCCUUGGAACGGACUACAAAAUGGUUGGACACCGUCUAUAUGUUCCAGGGGCGCUGUAACCAUUUGAAAAUGUGAGACAACUCCCGAAUGACCACUGCAGAACAAUGUGCCCUGGCCCACCGUCUUUCUUUUUUUCUUCUUUUUUAAUAGACCGUGAUGACUAUACAAUUUCUAAUACACACAACCAAAUACAGACUACUAUUCCACAAAUACAGGACGGGUAUAAUGUCAACAAAACCAUCUACAUCAAGUGCAAGUUUGCUGUUUUGCAACCAUUAAUUUAAGUGUAAUUGGGUCAAUCUAUGUGUUUCAUGAAGUUUAUAUAUAUUUACACAAAAUCUGUGACUGCCUGACAAGAAAAGGCCACCCUGCCAAGCGUAAACUCUGUAUGUAGCAAGGUCUCCUCCUUUGUAAUUAGUUCAGAAUUAA